UCUAUAUUCGCCUUUAGCAGCCAAGAAAAGAAGCCAGCACUCUAGAAUGGCAAAAUUCAGCAAGUACCUUACAGUUUUGCUGAUUUUAGUACUGUUUGCAGUAUGGAUCCAUGACUGUGAGGGAUUCAACAACGAUGUUGACUCUCAUCAACUGUCUAAAUCACACAAUGCACCUUAUUUAAGGCUUCAUCGCUCAGAAUGUCCCUCUCAAUGCAAAAGGAGAUGCUCAAAGACAAGGAAGACAGCAUGCAUGGAUUUUUGUCAAUAUUGCUGCAAGAAGUGUCUGUGUGUUCCGCCAGGGACUUAUGGGAAUAAGGAAGUUUGUCCUUGCUAUAAUAACUGGAAGACCAAGGAAGGAGGGCCCAAAUGCCCUUAGAUAGAGACAGCUCUAGCAUAUAUGUGUUUUUGUUUCCUUCUAAAGACUAUUAGCAAUGCCAAAGACUUAAUGGAGGCAGGCAGUCAGACAUUUAACUGAGUUUGAUAGAGUGUAUCUCACUUCUUGUGCCUUUCUAUGAUAAAUAAUGGAGCUAUUAU